UGGUGUUUCUUACUACAGAGCGCACUUCGUCAUUCUAAAAUCCAGAUCUCAUCUUCAUCGUCUGUUCUAGCACUCCAUUUUUGGAGCUUCGGCCGAUCCAACGCUCUCCCUGGUAGAUAGAAGCAGAGGUGGAUUAACCAUGGCCGUAGGUGGCUAUUGGAAGCGAAGCGGUUCACUCGGCGUCCUUGCAAUUGUUUUCAUCGGAUGUCUAGCUGCAAUAUCUAUUGCAAAGGAGGAGGCGCCAAAGUUAGGCACAGUCAUCGGCAUUGAUCUUGGAACAACUUACUCUUGUGUUGGUGUUUACAAGAAUGGUCAUGUCGAAAUCAUAGCAAAUGAUCAAGGAAAUCGUAUUACUCCAUCAUGGGUUGCAUUCACUGACAGUGAAAGAUUGAUUGGUGAGGCUGCAAAGAACCAGGCAGCUGUCAACGCCGAGAGAACCAUAUUUGAUGUUAAGAGACUUAUUGGAAGAAAGUUUGAGGAUAAGGAGGUUCAGAAGGAUAUGAAGCUGUUUCCAUACAAGAUUGUGAACAAGGAUGGAAAGCCUUUUAUACAAGUGAAAAUCAAUAAUGGGGAAGUCAAAGUGUUCAGCCCUGAGGAGAUCAGCGCUAUGAUUCUUACAAAGAUGAAGGAGACAGCUGAAGCUUUCCUUGGAAAGAAGAUUAAGGAUGCAGUAGUUACUGUUCCCGCAUACUUCAAUGAUGCCCAAAGGCAGGCUACAAAGGAUGCAGGCAUAAUUGCUGGACUUAAUGUUGCAAGAAUUAUCAAUGAACCAACUGCUGCUGCCAUUGCCUAUGGACUUGACAAGAAAGGUCUUGAGAAGAACAUCCUUGUGUUCGAUCUUGGUGGUGGGACAUUUGAUGUCAGUAUCUUGACCAUUGAUAAUGGUGUCUUUGAGGUUCUAUCCACUAACGGUGACACCCAUCUGGGAGGUGAGGAUUUUGAUCAGAGGGUCAUGGAUUACUUCAUCAAGCUGAUCAAGAAAAAGCAUGGAAAAGACAUAAGCAAGGAUCACAGGGCUCUUGGAAAGCUCAGAAGGGAGUGCGAGCGUGCCAAGAGGGCAUUGAGCAGCCAACACCAAGUCAGAGUAGAAAUUGAGUCGCUCUUUGACGGCACUGAUUUCUCCGAGCCAUUGACCCGUGCUCGCUUUGAGGAGUUGAACAAUGAUCUCUUCAGGAAGACAAUGGGGCCGGUGAAGAAGGCCAUGGAAGAUGCUGGGUUGGAGAAGAAGCAAAUCGACGAGAUUGUCCUUGUUGGUGGAAGUACCAGGAUUCCAAAGGUCCAACAGCUUCUCAAAGAUUUCUUCGACGGCAAGGAGCCUAACAAGGGAGUGAACCCAGACGAAGCAGUUGCUUAUGGUGCUGCUGUUCAAGGCAGCAUUCUGAGCGGAGAAGGCGGAGACGAAACAAAAGAUCUUCUUCUUUUGGAUGUGACUCCACUUACCCUCGGUAUUGAAACCGUGGGUGGAGUGAUGACCAAAUUGAUCCCUAGGAACACUGUGAUCCCAACAAAGAAGUCCCAAGUCUUCACCACUUACCAGGACCAACAGACAGUCGUCUCCAUUCAGGUUUUUGAAGGUGAAAGAAGUCUUACCAAGGACAACAGACUUCUUGGAAACUUUGAGCUCACCGGAAUCCCACCAGCUCCGAGGGGAACCCCACAGAUAGAAGUCACAUUCGAGGUUGAUGCAAAUGGCAUAUUGAACGUGAAGGCAGAAGACAAGGGCACUGGCAAGUCAGAGAAGAUCACCAUCACGAACGAGAAGGGCCGCCUGAGCCAGGAAGAGAUUGAGCGCAUGGUGCGCGAGGCGGAGGAGUUUUCAGAGGAGGACAAGAAGGUGAAGGAGAGGAUCGAUGCCCGCAACGGUCUGGAGAACUAUGUGUACAACAUGAAGAACCAGGUGAGCGACAAGGACAAGCUGGCGGACAAGCUGGAGUCGGAGGAGAAGGAGAAGAUCGAGGCGGCGGUGAAGGAGGCCCUGGAGUGGCUGGACGACAACCAGAGUGCGGAGAAGGAGGACUACGACGAGAAGCUCAAGGAGGUGGAGGCUGUCUGCAACCCCAUCAUCUCAGCCGUCUACCAGAGGUCCGGCGGCGCCCCUGGCGGCGGCGCUUCCUCCGAAGAUGAUGAUGACUCUCACGAUGAGCUGUAGAAAAAAGAAAUGGCAUCCAUCUCUACUAGUUGAGACGUGUUUUUUUUCUCUUUUUCUUUUAGUGUAGUUUUUUGUUUUUAUUUUAUGAUUGUUGGAAGUUUGAGAACCUUUACUGUGAUUUCCCUUACCACAGUUGUCUUCUCUUGGUCGAUGUUUCUUUCCCGCCCCUUUUGGUUUUGAAAAAUCAAACCUUAGUAAUUUUCUGUUACGGGGCUCCCGUCACCCUACACUUUGCAUCUUAUCUUAAAUAUUAUAUGGUCAUGCCAAGGAGGUGUUUUGCCAAUCUUAAAAAUGAGGUUAUUUUUGGACACGUGAAAAAAGAAGAGUUAAUUUUAUAUAACUUCACAUUUGGCCUUAAGCAAUAAAGGCUAGCAAAUAGG